UUUAAAUUGCCAAUUAAAUGUGUUUUCUCAUCUUCCCAUCGCGUCUUCCUUCUAUAUAAAUCCUUGGGGCUUCUCCUCAAAUUUCCCAAGCUACAACAUCAUGAUAAAACCGUCUUCAUUGUUUUCUCAUUCGGAUUAAAACUUGUUUUUGAGGUUGACAAUGGAAACCACUGUUGAGAAUGUCAUCCCCAAUGGGAAGGAAACAGAUGGAAGUGUUCAGGUGCCGAAUAAACAAGAGGAAGUUGCAGUUGAAGUGGAGCCAAAGACUGGAGUUUCAUUCCCGGUUAAAUUGGAUGAUGGGAAACAAUUGAACUGUGUUGGUGUCAGGAAGAAAUCCAUGCUUGGGUUGGGCAUCAAGAUUUACGGCUUUGGGAUGUAUGCAGACAAUGAGACACUGAAGAACUUGUUGAAGUCGAAGAUUGGGAAAGGCCUGGAAAAACUCAACAAGGAACUCUAUCAAUUGGUCAUUGACAGUGAUGUGGAAAUGGUGGUAAGAUUGGUGAUUGUAUUUUCUAGCCUUACCAUGAGCAUGGUAAGAAAGAACUUUGAGGAAGGUCUUGGAGCAUCCAUCAAUAAACUAACUGGUGGAAAGAAGGACGAAGUAGCAAACAAACUCAUGGGAGAAGCAACGGAUAACAUCAAGCUAACACCGGGUUCUCUUAUUGAGAUUUCUCGUCUUCCAGGCUAUGUUCUCGAAACCAAGGUGAUGGGUGAAGUGAUAUCCAAGGUUGAGAGUGAGCUUCUCUGCAGGGCUUAUAUCAAUUUGUAUCUGGGAGAUGAUCCACUUGACAAGGAUGCCAAAGAUAAGUUUGGGAAGUCCAUGAUUUCUCUAUUCUAGAUAUCUAGGUCUCGGAAUAAGGCCGUUGAUUAAUAAAACCGAUGAUAAUGCGAAUGCAGCCGGCUAUAAAAUGUAGCUUUAAUGUCAAUUUAAGCCUUUGAUUCUGCAGAACCUUUCUGCAGAAAUUGAUUGUUGAACUUAAAGAUGUACUAAGGUUUCAAUUCUAAUUUAUCGAAUUCCGGAACUCAUUUCUUUGAAUUCUAAUAUAUCUUACAGAGUGGUAUGAGAUAUGUGUUUGAAAUGGCUGUGAAUAUAUAUACAUG